AUGGCUCAGCCAAACGAGAAGACCAGUGACAUUCACUAUGAGGUAGCAGGCGCCCCCAACCUUGGCCACAUUGAAAAUCUGGAAAAGAUUGACACACUUCACAACGACGAGGCUCUCAUUGUCCUCGGCCAGUAUCACGGUGACACAACUUGGUCACCGCAGGAAGAAAAGCGUCUCUUGAGGAAGAUUGACAAACGAUUGCUUCCCAUCCUUGUGGUAACAUUUGGAAUGACGUUCUACGACAAGGUCCUGCUUGCUCACGCGGCAAUCUUCGGCUUGAGGACCGACCUCGAGCUCACCAUUGGGAAUCGCUAUUCCUUCUCGGCGUCAAUCUUCUACCUCGGUUACAUUUGCGGCAGCUAUCCAGCCGUUCUACUGGCACAACGAUAUCCCAUCCACCGUGUGAUCUUCUGCAUCACGUUUGUAUGGGGCCUCUGUGUGACUUCGGCGGCUAGCUGCGUUAGUUACAGAGGCCUUUACGCCCAGAGGUUCUUCUUAGGAGUACUUGAGUCCGGGAUAUCGCCGAUUUGGAUGAUGGUUGUCGGUGGAUGGUACAAUAAAGCCGAGCAAACCCUACGCAUGGGUGUGUGGUAUUCGGCAGCUGCCAUGAUUUCGAUGAUUGCUCCCUUGAUCAAUUACGGCCUUGGACAUAUUAAAGGCGCACUAGCCCCGUGGCGCUAUAUGUUCAUCGUAGCAGGUGUCAUAACCUCACUCUGGGCAUUUGUGAUCCUCUUCGUGAUGGAGUCGGACCCAGUCCACGCGAAAAGUCUCAACGAGAGAGAAAAGUUCAUUGCAGUGUCUCGCCUCAGAGCAAACAAUGCCGGCGUUCGAAAUACCCACUUCAAAUCCUCGCAGCUGUGGGAAUUGCUUACGAGCACUCGCUUCUGGCUAAUCGUCAGCAUGAGUCUGACAAUCAAUGUGUCUAAUGCUGUGCCAACAACCUUCAAUCCAAUCAUCAUCGCGUCCAUGGGGUUCAGCGGCUUCAAUGCGCUCCUACUCACCAUUCCUGUUGGAGCUUCGGGCGUCAUCUUCACCAUCGGUACAGCCUGGCUCAUGCAAAAAUUCUCGCAAAAAAAUUGGCGAUCCUUCACCGUCUGUUUUGAGGUACUUGUGAUUUUGUUGGUUUGCGUGUUGUUUUGGCGAUGGCCAGAGAUGCCCGUCGGUGGCAAGCUGGUCUUGAUCUACCUUUUGUCUGUCUAUCCUGCGGCAUAUGCGAUUAUGAUGAAUCUUGCUGUCGCAAACGCUGCCGGAUACACCAAGAGAGCUUUAACCUCGUCUGGGAUGUUCGUCGGAUACUGCCUUGGAAAUCUCAUUGGACCGUUCACAUUCCUCCAGACUGAGACACCGCUCUAUCCAACUGGCUGGGCUGUUACCACAGCGAUGAGUGCCGUAUGUGCAGUACUUGCAGUGGUAUAUAGGUUUGUCUGCAGCACGGAGAACAACCGUCGUGACAAGGCGGGUACCACCGAGGCUUUCGAGCAUGCUUAUGAGGAUGAUUUGACCGACCGAAUGAACAAGCAGUUCAGGUACAUCUACUAA